AUGGCAGAAGAACUACCAGCACUCUCGUCUUUAUUUGAAGACCAAGAGUCGACGAUCGUCUUCAAACCGAUCGCUUAUGGAAUCCUCUCGAAGGAGUUUCCGGUUAUCAUCCAUGAUGUUAAUCUACUCUCUUAUUACUUUCAUGUUUCCCCUUCCUUUAUUUUUCUAUUUUAA